AUGGGCAAUACCAAAAUACACAAUGAUCCAGAGCUGGAUGAUUUCUUAAGGAGGACUCAUGAAAUUGAUAAUGAAAGAAAGCAAAAGAGGAGUAAUAAACCACCUGCUCCAAAACCUAAACCCAAAUAUGUAUCUCAAAGAAAUCAAUUCAAUGAAAAUGAUCUAGAGGAAGCUAGGAAGAUUCUUCAAAGUAGUGAUAUACUUGAGUUCAAUGAGGAGAUGGUUGUUGAUGGAUCAGAAUAUGAUGACAAUAACAAUCAUGACGAUUUAACUUUUAAAUCUGCAUACAAUUAUGAAAAGACAUUUUCUCCUAAGAAGAAGAACUAUUCUUUGGAUGAAUUGGAUCUUGAACAUGAUGAAUCAAAUUUAGAUCCUGCGUCAAGAAAGCCUCAAAAUAAUGAUUCCAAUAUGGAAUUUUCUGUAUCAAAGGAAGAUUUUUUACUAUUACAAAGAAUAAAGAAGAAUAGAGAGUCAAAAAUAGAUGAGAUCAAACCAAAAGGAGAGAUACCGCCAAAAAUUAAUAAAUUUACAGAUAAAAACGUGCCCAAAGAAACACUAUCUCCAAGGAAGAAAACAAUGCCAACAAGAGGUAAACCGAGAGCUCAAAAUGUGAAAAUACAAUAUGAUAUCGAAAUUGAUAUGGAUGCACCAUCGCUUCCUUUGAGAAAAUCUCAAAGGAAUGUACGAGAUGAAGAACCAGAAGACCAUACCACUGAAAAUGGUGUGUACAUGAGACGAUUCAAUAGAAUCAAUAAUGAACGGAGUUCUUCACCACGACCACAGUUACCAAGUAGGCCUGCAAGUAACCAUCCGUAUACACCAACUUCUCGUGAUGUUGAAAGUGAAGGUGGUUCUUCUGAAGAUGAACAGGAUAAGCCAUCAUUGCCUUCUAGGGGUCAUGCAAGACAUACUAAUUCAGCCAAAAGGGAUCUGAAAGAAUACCCACCAGCUACUAAACCAAAACCGAAUUUUAAUAAAUCUACAAAGGAGAUUGUCACAAGUAAAAUACUUAAAAAGGACGAGCCGGUCGUAAUUAGGAAUGUUAUGCCUGAACCGAUGUCUACAAUUGAAUUAAUUGAUGAGGAAGCAGAUCUCUUAUCAUUUUCUGAUAGUGUAACUCCACCUUCAACAAAUAACAAAAAAAUAGAUUCAAACAUUUCAAACAAUUCAUUAAGUGAUAUAAGAAUACCGUCAACAAGAAAUACCAAUUCAUCAUUACCGCCUGCACCUCCGACAUCUAGAAAGUCAAAUGAGACAACUACAUUUAUAGAGUCUUUAAAUCACAACAAAUUAACAGAAACUCAUAAAACAUCACCAGAGACCCCGAAGAAAAAAGUAGAAUUACAAGGAAUUGAUUAUUUGGAUUCAGUUCAACUGAAAUCUCCUUCACCACAUGUAUCUCCAAGUAACAGUCAAAAACCUUCUCCCAUUAAGCCUAGAGUCAGUAAAUUACCAAGAUCGGAAAGUUUUAUUCAUUCUGCCUUGAAUUGUAAUUUAGAAACUGGAAAGAAAGUUAGUCCGCCUAUUGGUAAGGAUAAACCGGCAUUGCCCACAAAACCUUUGAAAUUCACAAAUAAAGAAACUGUUAUUUCUGAUACUGAAGAUGAUAACGAAAUGACAGACCUGAAAACUUUCAGAAUUAAGAAUGGCCAAAAUGAUGAAGCCUCAACCAAAAUUCCUCCUAAAGUGCCAAAGAAAAAUAGUAAUAUCAAACUCCCAAUAUUAAAACCUGUAGAAAUUAAACCUGUUUCAACAAAAGCUAAGAAAUCAUUAAAUGAUGAGCAUAAAUUGGAACUACCAAAAUUGAGAUCCGUAAAUGGUAAGGAAUCAAAUCUUAUGGUUAAUGGCAAGAAAGGUAAUAAACCAGAUGUACCUAAACGGAAACCAACCAUUCCGGAAGCAUUGGUAAAUGCUAAACUGUUAAAGAAAACUAAUAUUGAUCACAAAGAUUCUAGCGCUGAAACUCAGAUAGAACCAACUCCGGAAGCAUUAACGAAAAAAAACACUUUAUCGAGUAUCAAAGUUGCACCUGCAAUCCCGGAAAGGAAAAUAUCCCUACCAGAAGCUUUAAAAAGGGCUAAUCAACUUAAAUCACAAACUAAUCAAUCGAAAGUACUAGAAAAUACGACCAAUCAACCAAUCAAUGUUCGGCUGGAGUCUGUGAUGGCAUUGCAUCAAAGAAAGACAUUUAAUGGUUAUAAAACGCCUAGUGAACCUACUCCAAUUAGACGUAUAAGCACAACAGUGUCAUCAUCAUCAUCAUCAUCAUCAUCAUCUACUCCACUAGUACAUGUAACUAAAGGUCGUGCAAAAGGUCCAAGAAGAAAGUUACCUUCAAAAAUAUAA